GGGGAGCCUGGAAGGAGCUCUUGCCAAGAAGCAACAAGCAGAAGCUGUGAAGAACUGCCACCAAGAAAUAUUGCUGAGAAGGUAUGGGACUUUAGAAAUAUGAAAUACAGCAACAAGUAUAGCCUUGGGUGACCUGGACAUCUCUGUUCCUACCCUGAUGGCUGCAAACAUAUAGAAAGGAUGUUUCCAUAUCUGAGUCUCAGUCUGAAAUACUAACUCAGAUGCUUUGGAGAGUGUUUACUGCAAUCAUAUUUUAUAAAAUACCAAAAUCUAAGAAUGGUUUCAAUUAGAAGACAUAUUCAAACACUGUCCAGUCCAACCCUGCCCCCAACCUGAUCUUGAACACUUCCAAUGAAGGAGCAUCCACAGGUUCUCUAAGCAAACUGUUCACAGAGCUGGGGAUUGCCCCAACUCAGGAGCAGGACAUUAUUAAUUCCAUGAAGUUUACAUGAGCCUACUCCUCAAGACUGUCAAGCCUCAAGUCUCCCUCUGGACAACAUCUCUUUCCUCUAAUGCAACAACUGCACCACUCAGCCUGGUGCCAUCCACAAACUCACUGAAGGGUGCUCUUGAUCCCACUGGCUGUGGCACUGCUGAAGAGGUAAAAUAGUGCUCAACCAAGCAUGCACCUUUUUGGGACAGCACUUGUUACUGAUUUCCACUUGGGCAUUGCAGCACUGACUCUAACUCUUUGAAUGAGCCCAUCCAGCCAUCUAACCAUCCAUGUGUCAAACUGAUGUCCCUCCAACCUAGAGGCAAGGCUGUUGAGGGGGACCAUAUCAGAGAACUUACAGAAGGGAUUUACAUGGGGAUGAUCUGAAACUGAGUUUAUGAAAUGUGUGGGUAGAAAUGUGAUUUAGAGUUUAAGGCAUGGAUUGACCCAAGGCUGCUACUUACAGAAAAAUUUUCCUUCUGAAAUUAGAGUGUGUUUUUUCCGUAUUUACGGGUUGGGGGGGAGGGGGAGAAUAAAAGCAGAGUAAAACAGACACAAAACAAAGAACAGAAUGUCCAAAUAAAGGAUGACUGAGUGCCAUCAAGAAGGAAAAUUAUGCCCUCAGAAAUAUACAAGUGGCCUUCAUCUUGUGUGCAGGCAGUGCCUUGCUGCUUUCCAGGCUCAGUGAGUAAUCAGCCUUUGUUUCUGUUACUUGGGAAAAUUCUCAAAGUGGCCACAUGAUGGUAGCCUAGGAUCAGGUACAAACAUACUAAAUCAAGAAAGUAAAGGAAACAGGGAGGAAAACUAAUACUUGUAAACUAAAACAAAUGUCUGGAUGCAUCAUCCCCACACAGUGAGGACCUGAACUUUAAUUCAGCUUUCAGGUAUUGUAAUACCCAGAACAGAGCUGCCAAGUGUAUCUGCUGGAUAGCUCUGUCCAGAGAGGUGCUGUGUUUGGAGCUCUUUGGUCCUUUUAUAGACAAAUUAAUAUCUAGCAAACUUCUGCUUGCACUUUCCUUCCUGUUUCUAGAUACCUCACAUAAAAGGUGACUGGUUUAAAAUAGAUUAAACCAGAGCAAAGAAAUCAGAAAUUAAGCAAAUAUACUAUUUUGAUUGUUAACCUCUUGAUUACUAUAACUGCAAUAUUCACUCUUGGCAUUAGCUAUGAAAAAGACUAAAUGCAAAUUGUGGAAUUCUUAUGUAUUAAAUUAAAGGCUACAAAGCUAUUAAUAUAAAAGUUGUACAGUUAUUCUGGUUUUUAAAAGAAUACAGAUUGACCCAAAAAGUCUGUGGUAAAAUGUGCUGGUCUUGAAAAGGAGGCGUUUAGAUUACCCUGACAUGAAACUCCCCUCCCUUUCAUUGAUCAAAUCAUCCUUCAGACUGCAUGGCAGCUAAGGAGAACUUCAUCAUCAGGUUGCCUGGCUAGGUGAAGUUAUCCAUGUCUAGGUCAAACAUUGCUAUGAAACAAGACUGGGAUGCCCGUGUAGUACCCCAAAUCCUCUGCAGAGGUGAUCUUGAGUAUAGUCAUGACGUCUUAUAUUCCAUACAAUUAAUUAAAUUGCCAACACUGAAACUGGUAGAAUGUUGUUUGCUCUGUAUAAAUAUUGAAGAUUCCAACUUUUCCAAUCUGUAUGAAAGAAUUUAUUAAGAAAAAAUACUUGAAAAUGAAUUAAGACUUUCAUUCCAGCUCAGCUUCCAGUAACCUGAUUCAGUGUAGCAGUUACACCAUCACUCAACUUCUCUAGUACUAGGACUCAGAGUUCCAAGAAUAAUUCUGUUCUAAAAACAGAAGAGGGUCCAGUUUCAAGAAUUAGAGAAAUUGAGUAGUUACAAAAGUCUCGGCAUUAUUACAGUGCUCCAGCAGACUUCUUUCAAUUCCUCCACAGAGCAGGAAUCAGAAGUCCUUACUUCUGCAGGUCCUGAAAUGAAAUGUCAUAGCAGGGUACAUGACAGUGUCUUGCUGUUUACUCUGUGAAUAAAAUUGAGGAAUUGAGAUGUAAAGAAGAGGAAAUAUCUCAAUAACCAUCCCCUACCUAUUCCUUCUCUGCCCAGAAGAACAACAAGAACAAAGACUGAUGGGAGUGAAGAUGUACAACACACAAACAGGAGGAGGACAGAUUUGAUAGGAUUUACCAGUCUUGCAGUGAGAUAUAACACUAAAAAGCAGUGCACUCAGUGAACAUUAUAAAUAAUGAGAUUUAAAUGUUGUUUUCUACUUUAAUAACUUCAUUUUUCUGUAAAAAAUAUUAAAGAUUAAGAAGACAGGGGGCUCUAUACUCAGACUGUACUAUGGGGUACAUGAAGAGGCAGGUUCUAUGCUUCUCAUUUCCAGGACACCAGCACAGACAAGUGGCAUACUGUUGCUUAUUACACUCAGGACAUUUCAUACAGACAGAAACUUUUCUUGAUCUGUGCAUUGAAUUCACCCAAGCCAGAAAAAUGUGGAUGCAAACCAGGAAGGCUGUUGAGACCAGUGACAUAGUUUGUUACCCACCUAGAGGGAAUGAGGCUGGCUAGUGCAAAGCUGGGAGCAGCUCUUCUGCAGACCUGAGCAGAGGGCUGAUACUCCUGCACCAGGCAGCAUCCCUGGGCAAGAAGCAGAAAACAGAGGCAUGGCUUGAAGCAAUCAUAGCUGACCUACACCCAAGCCAGAAGGAAGACCCAUGUUCAUCUCUCUUUCAGGUGGUGCGGUGUGCAAACAUUUAUAUGAAAAAUGUGUGACAAAUUACUGGAAAUUAUGUGAAUCAAGUAAUGAAGAGAGUGUCCCUCUAUGCUGACCUUUGUCCCAAGGCCGGGAGGGACCCUGCUGCUCCCCAUGGUUUAACGGAAGUGAGGAUAAGGGAAAUGAGGCAAUGAGAUCACACUGUAAAAACAUGCAGAAAUACACCAAGGCAAAGUCAUAGUUUCUAUCCUUCUUCUUCUCUAUUACUGUAAGCACCACGGGAAACAGGUUUUCAAGGACAAGGCAUGAAUGGAACAGCCAUUUCAAACUUUGCCUGUGUCAUUUUUAAUGUUUCCUUCAUGAAUUGCACAUGGCAUGUGGGCAGGACUGCUACAGAAGACACCCAAUAUUUCCUGUACUGGGGGUCCUUGAAGAAUGAAAAUGUCACAGAAUGCCAAAAUUACAUCAAAGAUACCCAUGGAAGGCACACGGGAUGUCAAUUCCAAAACGUGACAAUAAAAAAUAACAAUCCUUAUUUCCUGGUAAAUGGGUCCAGAAGCGGACAAAGCAUUCAGUCAUAUGAGGAGUAUAUAAAGCUAUACAAAAUUGAAAAACUCACCCCUCCACUAAAUGUCACAGUGAACUGUACAGAAGCUUCUCGUAGAUGUAGUAUUUGGUGGCAGCCACCUCGCACAAGUCAUGUGGAAAACAUGAGUUGUUUCAAAUAUGAAAUUGUCAUAGAAAACAAGGCUGAUGCUGAGAAAAACCCCAAAACUGCAUCUAAAACAACAGAAAUCACUGAAAAUGACUCCUACCUAUAUGAAAGCUUCAGCUCAGGAAAAAGGUACAGCGUCAAGAUCAGAGCAACAGAUGCAGGCUUUUGUAGAGUAAGCUCAAACUGGGGAGAGUGGAGUACACCUGUGGAGUUUGGAACACAACAAUUUACAUCUACUUCAUCAUAUAUGCUGUUUCUGAUACCAAGCCUGGCAGUAGGUCUCACAUUUCUCCUUUGCAUGACAGUAAGGGCUUAUUUCAAAAAAACAUCUGCUACAGUACCACAGCCAAGAGACCCAUUCCGUGAGCCCUCUCCAAUGGACUUGCAGCCAGAAUAUACGAAUCUAUUAAAAAAACAAGGAACUGAAGAAAUAACAAAUAUUGAAGAAGUGAUGGAAUGCAAGUGAAAUGAGCGACUUGAUUUUUUCUAGCAUAUAUACCUUAUUGGCAAAAAUUAAGAGGUUUUUCAUAUUCUCUCACUCCUGGAAAGAAGGAGAAGAGCAUCAGCUGUAAAGACAAUUCCCCAAGAUCUUAUCUCUAAAAGCCUCCUUGUAUUUGAUUGCAUUUUCUAUGAACAGUAAAGUUUGGACUAUUUCUGGUUUUUAUUAUGAUGAAUACUACAGUAUUUCAGAAAAAAAAAUCAGUAUUGUUUUGGACGCUAUUUUACUGUUUUUCAACAACAUGCAAAAGAAUAAUUAAGAACAAUUUAACUUAAGGAGUUUACUCAGGAUCUCCAUUGAUUCAGUGUCUCAAAAAAGGUACAGCCAUACUGAGAUUGUGAUCAGGAAUGAAAUUUGACAUCUGUAUGAAAGCUCGCUGUAUGAAGCCACAAUCAAACCUCUUAAGAUUACUUGCUCAUACAAAGGAGUACUAUAAAGAUUUUCUGAUACAAUCUUCCCCUAAGUCUAUUUGUUGCCUCCUGUUUUUCAUCCCUUCCUAUCUGUGUUAGACAGGAAAAAAUUACUUAAUAUAUG